AUGGCGGCGGCUGCUGCCUCCAUGCUGAAAACAACCUUCUUCAUCCUUAAACCCACAUACAAAAUCCCAAUCUCCUCUCUGUUUCAAUCGCCUUUCAUCCGAUCGAUACCCAACAAACGAACCCUACACUCCAACAACCGACGGCAUUACCAAUUGACCCGCAAAUUCUGCUCUUCACAAUUAACCCAAGAGCAAUCCCACACCAGUCGCUCCAACGUCAUCGAAAUACUUGAAGAAAGAGGCCUACUUGAAGCCAUCACCGGCGAUAACCUCCGUUCAAUUUGCACAGAUUCAUCUCUUCGGGUCUACUGCGGCUUCGACCCUACCGCCGAAAGCCUCCACCUUGGUAACCUCAUCGGAAUCAUCGUCCUGUCAUGGUUCCUCCGAUGCGGCCACUCCGCCGUCGCCCUCGUUGGAGGCGCCACCGGUCGGGUCGGUGAUCCAUCCGGUAAGUCCCUCGAACGCCCUGAACUCGAUAUUGCAUCCCUAGAACGAAACAUCGCGGGUAUCUCCGAUAUAAUCCUGAAAGUCCUCGGGCAUAUAUCAACCGAUAACAAUUCAAUCAAGGUUUUGAACAAUUACGAUUGGUGGAAAGACGUGAAAUUGCUCGAUUUCUUGAAAAACGUCGGGAGAUUCGCUAGGGUUAACACAAUGAUGGCUAAAGAAAGUGUGAAAAGAAGAUUAGAAGCCUCCGAUCAAGGUCUAAGCUACACCGAGUUCACUUACCAGCUCUUACAAGGCUAUGACUUCGUUCAUUUGUUCAAAUCCGAAAACAUCACAGUUCAAAUCGGCGGAUCAGAUCAAUGGGGAAACAUCACUGCUGGAACUGAACUAAUUCGAAAGCUUCAUCAAUCCGAUUCUGCUUAUGGUCUCACAUUCCCUCUGUUACUAAAAUCCGACGGCACAAAAUUCGGGAAAUCAGAAGACGGGGCAAUCUGGCUUUCACCAUCGAUGCUAUCACCUUACAAAUUCUACCAGUAUUUUUUCUCAAUUCCUGAUUCCGAUGUUGUGAGAUUCUUAAAGAUUCUUACGUUUUUGAGCUUGGAUGAGAUCAAGGAGAUUGAAAUCGAGAUGAAAUCAACCGGGUAUUUGCAGAAUUCUGCACAGAAAAGGUUGGCUGAAGAGGUGACGAGAUUUGUUCAUGGGGAAGAUGGAUUACAGGAGGCGAUUAAGGCUACUGAGGCUUUGAAACCAGGGUCUGAGACCCGAUUGGAUUGGAAGACGAUUGAGGGUAUUGCUGAAGAUGUUCCUUGUUGUUCUUUGAGUUAUGAUGAGGUUUUGGAUCUUGGUGUUGUUGAUUUAUCAGUUUCUACUGGAUUGAUUGAGAGUAAAUCGGCUGCAAGGAGGCUGUUGAAGCAAGGGGGAUUGUAUUUGAAUAAUGGGAGAGUUGAUAAUGAAGGAAAGAAGAUUAGUGUUGAUGAUAUUGUGGAUGGGAAAGUUCUGUUGUUGUCUGCUGGAAAGAAGAACAAGAUGGUUGUAAGAAUUGCAUGA